CGGAAUCCGUUUCCCGGAAGUAGCAGCGUUGUUUUGCUGCGGGACGCGGCGCCAGUUUAACGCCACAAGUCAAACGCGAAGCCGCGGCGAACACACCGAGCACACGGCCCUUCCCGCGAUGCUUCCCCCGAGCUGACGAGCCGAACUCUGCUGCGAGUCAAACGCGGACGUUUCCGGAACACCCCGCUGGGUUCUCCGGGGCCAGCUAACGGCUAGCUAGUCUGUUAGCCGGCUAGCCUGUUAGCCUGUCGCCCCCUGUCAACAAGUGGUGUUCGGGAUGGACUCCGCGGCGCUGGAGCUCGAUGCGGUGAAAUUUGCCAAAACAGCGGUCACCUACGACCAGAGCGGCAAAUACAACGAGGCCGUGUUUUACUACAAGGAGGCCGCCCAGGCCCUGAUAUAUGCCGGCAUGGCAGGAUCCAAACUGGAGGGAAUCCAGGACAAAGCGAAUGAAUACCUGGAUCGAGUCCAAGCCCUCCACAAUGCUGUCCAGGCGCAGAAGAGCGACCCGCUGAAGUCCCGGCAGCAAGUGGACAUGGAGCGUGCCCACUUCCUGGUCACUCAGGCCUUUGAGGAAGACGAGAAGGGAAACGACGACGAAGCCGUCGAACUUUACACUCAGGCUGUGGAGCUGUGCAUUACGACGUCCAACGAAACAUCGGACCAGGCGCUGCAGACCAAACUGAAGCAGCUAGCACGCCAAGCCUUAGACAGAGCUGAAGGUCUUAAAGAGUCCCAGUCCAAAUCCUCUUCAGCCCAGACUCAGGACAGGACGGGGCCCUUUGGAACCAAGAAUGUAAGCGGGGGCAGUUCUGGGGGACCGGUCCGCCAGUUUUUCCCCCUUGGGCCAGACUUCACCCUCCACGACCGACCUCAGCCGAUGCGGGCGGUCCAGUCCAGUGAGCCGCAGGGUCAGCGCUACACGUCUGAGGAGAUCGAGGUGCUCAGGAGUACAUCUAAAAUCAAUGGGAUAGCCUACGUGCCCUUCAUGAGCGUGGACCUGAAGGAGCGAUUUGCCUUUCCUGUCCCUUUCUCGGACAAAUCCGGGAAACUGGCGCUGUCACCCAAACAGAAAGCCAUCUUCUCCCGCUGGGUGCGGCCAGACGAGAUCUGCAAUAACCCCACGAUGAUCAUGUCUGUGUCCAGCUUCAGCAUCAAACAGACGGUCGUGUCUGACUGUUCCUUUGUGGCAUCGCUAGCCAUCAGCGCAGCCUACGAGAGGCGCUACAGCAAGAAACUUAUCACCAGUAUCAUCUACCCUCAGAACAGGCGAGGGGAACCUGAGUAUAACCCCUGUGGGAAGUACAUGGUCAAGCUCCACAUCAAUGGAGUUCCCAGGAAGGUGAUAAUAGACGACUUCCUGCCGGUGGAUCGUAACGGAGAGAUGCUGUGCUCCUACUCCAGUAACAGGAACGAGCUCUGGGUGUCCUUGAUAGAGAAAGCCUACAUGAAGGUGAUGGGAGGCUACGACUUCCCGGGCUCCAACUCGAACAUCGACUUGCACGCGCUCACUGGCUGGAUCCCCGAACGCAUCGCUAUGCACUCUGACAAUCAGUCGUUUAGCAAGGACGACACCUUCCGCAUGCUCUUCCAGAGGUUUCACAGGGGGGACGUCCUCGUCACCACGGCAACAGGGGUGAUGACAGAGGAGGAAGGGGAAAAAUGGGGUUUAGUCCCUACGCAUGCCUACGCUGUUCUCGACAUCAGGGAACACAAGGGGAUGCGUUUCCUGCAGCUGAAGAAUCCGUGGAGUCAUCUGCGGUGGAAGGGACGCUACAGUGAGCGGGAUGAAAAGAACUGGACGCCUGAUCUCCUCAAAUAUCUCAACUUUGACCCCAAGACAGCUCAGAAGUUUGAUAAUGGGGUUUUCUGGAUCGCAUGGGAGGACCUUUGUCAAUACUAUGAUGUCAUCUACCUGAGCUGGAACCCUGCACUCUUCAAAGACUCCUCCUGUAUUCACAGUAGCUGGGAUGGGCGGCAGGGCCCAGUGAAAGACGUCUACAGUCUGGCCAACAAUCCCCAGUUCAAGCUGGAGGUCCAGUGUCCAGCAGGGGGAGCUGCUGUGUGGGUGCUGCUCACCAGACACAUCACAGACAAGGAUGAUUUUGCUCAAAACAGGGAGUUUAUCACUCUGGUCGUUUACAAGACGGAUGGGAAGAAGGUUUACUACCCAGCGGACCCCCCUCCUUUCAUCGAUGGCAUCCGCAUCAACAGCCCCCACUACCUGACCAAGAUCAGGCUGACCAGCCCCGGGACACACACCUUCACUCUGGUGGUCUCACAAUACGAGAAACAGAACACCAUCAACUACACUUUAAGAGUGAGAAAGAACUUCUAUGUUCCAAACGUGUGUGUGUGUGUUUGUGUGUGUCAUCAAAGUAUAACUCAUAUUGUUUGGACAUAAAUCAUAAGUGACA